GGCCUGGCAUGGCUGACGUCAGCGGCUGUGUGGAGGAGUAUAGGCUGUGCUGUCAGCCCAGUGUCAGUCUGAUGAAGAUUGGCAUGCAGGCUGCGUUUGGAGAGUUGGAUACUGGGCCACAGAGCAGAGAACAACACUGAAAGCUGCUGCGUUGCUGUGGGCAAACCAACUCACCUGCAGUGACAAUGAUGGCCACCCAGAGCGUUCCUCCACCAUCGUACCAGGAGAGCCAACAGAUGACGGGCACCACUCAGCAGAACACCAAGACCCCACAGGUCCAUAUCCCAGCAGCCUCUGCAGCAGGAAAUACCUCUGUCAGUGUGACCCUUGACCCCCAGGCCCAGCUUGAGUCCGACAAGAGGGCCGUUUACAGACAUCCGUUGUUCCCUCUGCUGGCGCUGUUGUUUGAGAAAUGUGAGCAGGCCACGCAGGGAUCUGAAUGCAUCACAUCAGCCAGCUUUGAUGUGGACAUUGAAAACUUUGUGCAUCAGCAGGAGCGAGAACACAAGCCCUUCUUCAGUGAAGAUCCAGAGCUGGACAACUUGAUGGUGAAGGCCAUUCAGGUGUUGCGAAUCCACCUAUUAGAGUUAGAGAAGGUCAAUGAGCUCUGUAAAGAUUUCUGCAACCGUUACAUCACCUGCCUCAAGACCAAGAUGCACAGCGACAACCUCCUCCGUAAUGACCUCGGAGGACCCUACUCUCCGUCACACACCAGUCUCAACAUGCAGCAGGAACUAAUUCAGACCUCCUCUCCAUCCAUGACCUCUGUCUCCAGCUCUGUUAACCCUUCAGGGAUAUUGGUGCCCGCCGGGGGUCUGCAACAGAGCAAUGUCGCCAUGACUACCAUCAACUCUCAAGUGGUAUCGGGUGGGACCCUGUACCAGCCGGUUGCCAUGGUGACAUCGCAAGGGCAAGUGUUAACGCAGGCGCUGCCGCCGGGAACCAUUCAGAUCCAGAACUCCCAGGUGAACGUGGACCUGUCGUCCCUGUUGGACAGCGAAGACAAAAAGUCCAAGAAUAAGAGGGGGGUCCUGCCCAAACAUGCCACCAACAUCAUGCGCUCCUGGCUCUUUCAGCAUCUCAUGCACCCGUACCCGACAGAAGACGAGAAAAGGCAGAUUGCAGCACAAACAAAUCUAACCCUUUUGCAAGUCAACAACUGGUUCAUCAACGCCCGCCGGCGUAUCCUCCAGCCCAUGUUGGAUGCCAGUAACCCGGACCCAGCUCCUAAAGCCAAGAAGAUGAAGUCCCAGCACCGUCCGACACAGCGCUUCUGGCCGGACUCCAUCGUGGCGGGAGUUCUGCAGACGCACAGAUCAGUAAACAACUCGGACAACCCGCUGAGCAUGGACAGCCUCCAGUCCCUGUCCUCAGACUCGGCCACCCUGGCCAUGCAGCAAGCCAUGCUGGGAGCCGACGACUCCAUGGACGGCAGCGAGGACGAGGAAGAGGAGGAAGAGGAGGAGGAAGAGGAGGAAGGAAUGGAAGAGGAAGAGGAGGACGAGGAGGACGGAGAGGAGGAAAAUGAGACGGGGAGACAGAUGGCCAGCGGAGGAGGAGGCGGGGGAGGAGGAGGAGGAAGGAGAGAUCUGCGCAUGGAGCACCGAGAGGAACUGGAGUAGGCCACCACAGGAAGAGACUGUAUGAACUUUGACCUGAGCUGUCCCCAAAAUACGCCUCAUUCAAACUGGGACAGCUCUGAUGAGAGGGGACUCUGGAGAGCACGCGUGGCAUAUUAGGUUUUGUCCAAAUUCAUCAGAGACUCUAAUGCAGAGCCACCAUGGAGUGUAACGAUGAAUAGGUGUUGUUUCAUUUUUACUAUUGUAUGUUCUCAUGCAGUGAGCUCUUGAAAUAUUCGGAUAGUAGCAAAUUUUUUUUUACUCUAUAGCUCCUGUUUUUGUAUGGACAGAAAUGGCACAAAGGCUGGAAAGAUUUUACCGCCAGUUUAAAAUGAAGACGUUUGAACCACUUUACAGUAACAGUUGAAGGAGUCUGAUACUCUCAGAAAGCCAUGACAUUUUUAAGGCUGUUAAACGAGAAAACAGGAGAACGAUGAGCCUCGAGAAGUUGCACAUGCACAUCACCAAACUGCAGUAAAAAAAAUUUGCACAGUGAGAUUUUUUGACUGUACAUGAAAAACAACUACUCAAAUUGAAUGUAAUCUUGGCACCAUGAAAUGAGUUACAAAAAGCAGCUUUUGAAAAAGUGCUCUCAAUUUUCCAACCGACCGUCUGCACGUUAACUUUGCAGUCCUUGUGUCAUUUUGCUUCCUAAAAUAAGAGCGAGGAGCUAAAAGAAAGCUGAAAUGCCGUCCAAAUAUCUGCAGAAGUGACUAUAUGCGUUUGGCUUCCACUGCUGGGACAUCAUUCACGCCUUUUAAAAUGACUCAUAGGUUCUCAGGUCGAACGGCACUCAUUCGGCGUGUUUCUUCCUCAUGAGCGGGACACUUGACUCAUUGCUGCAGCAAACCUUUUAGAGCAUGACUUUAAAACAAUGUUAGUUCAUCUUUUCAAUCAUUUUUCUUCUCCCACGAGCAAAGAAAAACGUAGUGAACCCGUGUAUGCUGACUGCACAUAUAGGUAGGUAUGUAUAUCAGAUUUUUCAUAUGUUUGCAUUCUGGUGUUGAAGGGGUUUGCAUAUUUAUUCUAUUUUCUUUUCUUUUUUUUGCGUGGCCUCAGAAGGUAGCUCAAGGAACAACAUGACGAUGACAGUUGCUUCUGCAUAUACGGUAACCAGGGUGCGAUUUGUCAAAAAAACGGGCGGGGGUCAUGCACAAUAAAACAAAACAUGCAAGAAUGAAAUCCCCCUUCCAAUAACAACACUUAAAUAUGCACUUCAAUAUUCAAUGGAAAACACAGCGCUUUCAGCCCGGAAAGCGGAGUUCAAUUCACGCCGAAAACAAAAUACGUUCACCAAGGAAAACGCUCAUUCGAUCGUUCCUCGUGGAAUGUCAUAAUCCAAAUCACGAUCUUUUUUAUAACGAGUCGUUUUGGCGCCUAAACUUAACUGUGAUCGCCGCAUGACGCUCACAUUUUUCGGGCUAAACUCCACUACCACGGCCCCUGAAUGGACCAUCAUCUGGCGGUGCCUGUAGCCGGCUCUCAGUCACCUGUUGGCGGCUAAACAACUGCUAAAUACAACCAGCAGCUGCUGCUCUUAUUUUAUCGUUCUAUGGAACUAUAGACUGUUCAUGUUACAGUGCUUUACUAAGUUCAAAAUACUUUAAGGUAUAUAAUAUAUGGUCUAUUGGUGAAGUAGCAUUGAUCACUUUGAGGGGGUGGGGGAUACAUUUUGUCCCCACUGGGGAUAUGUAAACCAGAACAGGUAAUAUCCCACGCAUCCCCCCACCCGCCCCGGAAAAUCGCACCCUGACUGUAGGUUUGGCAAACUUUCUGAAUAAUGCUAUGUGUUAGCCGGUGGCCAUGAACAUACUUGACUUCAACCAUCAAGUCGGUCUUUUGCUUGCUAGUGUUUUGUUUUUUUGUUGUUGUGACCUUUGUGAUUCUGUCCCAGAAUAAGAGCAUGGCGAGCACCGCCAGUCACUCCAAACUGUCUCCGCCACAGCUCAACACAGAGGGAAAUCACACAGAGACGCCCAAUGACUUUGGAAUCCCCAACCCGACAGAUCCAGCGUCUUUCACAGACAAACUUUUUCAAGGAGACAAAAAGAGACAGAAAGACAGGAAAGAGACUCAGUGGAAACGUCUCUUUCAGUUUCACGUGACGGAUUUUGAAGAAACUGUGAAACAAUCUCAGCUCUCUGUUUUGUACUAAAACACGCAAAUGGAGUCGCUCGUUUCUAAUGUGAAGAUGUCUAGAAAAAGAAAAAAAAACAUGUUAAAUUGAAUGUUCUGAUUGUUCAUUGUGAAGUAUGUUGCUCAUUAAUAUUUUUUUCUCGAUUGCUUUUUUUUUUCUUUUUUUUUUUAAAUGGAUCUUCCGGAGCAAGUGACAGACAAUAGGAACUAUUUCUAUUUCAUUUGUACACUUGGUUGUCAUAAUCUAUUGUGUUUCAAUAGACUGAUUUUAAUAAUUAAAACAUGUAAAGGUA